CACUUUGACCCGUGAGCAUUGAAGCGGACAAGACAGUUUCAUGGGCGAGUUUGCAAUCGGAAGUUCUUAUGAAUGGUGUAUAGGAGUUUGAUUUAGUAUUUAUUGACAUACAAUUAUUUUUUUUUCACUUGACAAAUGUACAAUUUCAAUAAGAAAUGGAAACUAUAACAUUUAGGCGACAACUGAACGGGUUAACACGCGUGGACAUGGAAGAAUAUUUCGAUGAUGUCGAAUUAGAAAAUUUAUACCAAUGGAUUGAUAGAAUUCCAUUAUCGAGGCCUAAAAAGAACAUUGGGAAAGAUUUUUCCGAUGGAGUGCUUAUAGCAGAAAUUAUAAACCACUACUUCCCUAAGCUAGUGGAACUCCAUAACUACUCACCCGCUGCUGCCACAAAACAGAAGAUGGAGAACUGGUAUCUACUGAACAGGCGAGUGUUACGGAAGCUUGACCUUGACCUAUCAGAUGAGGUCAUUCGAGCUCUGGCAAACUGCAAGCCUAAAGUGGUAGAGAAAGUGCUGAUGCUCCUACGACUUCAGAUAGACAAGAAUCUGCAGAGACAAGGUAGGAGCCGCAUGGAAAUUGAUGCCAACUUCGCCCAGAGUAUGGAUCAAAAAGAACAAAAAAAAUCCCAAUCUGCCCCUGCUGCCGAAAAUAGUCAGGCGUUAGUUCCAGUAAAAACAGGGAGGUCUUCACCGGGAAAACUGGCAUCUCCCCGCAAACUAGGGAAGGGAGAAAUCCCCCACAACCAUCCAGACAGAUCAAUUACAGCAAUAAGACUGAAAUCAUAUAGUCCUGGGAGAUUUGACAUAAUGGAGUAUCCAAGUAUUGGUGUAAAAUCAAAAAGAGGAUUGGAUGAUAUAGGUUCUUACCACUUUGAGGGUAAGGGAUAUUUUGAUCCUUCGAUCUACAUCUACCCCACGUCAGACAAUGUGCCCCGCAGUUAUCUCGAGGAGAAGGAGAUGGAAUGCCUGGCUAAGGAUGAAACAAUUAGAAUGCUCAAUUCAAAAAUUCGAAGACUUGAACACCUCUUACAGUUAAAAGAUACCAGAAUGUCUGAUCUACAAGGACAGUUAGCAAGAGAGCAGGGUUUGUACUACGUGACCAGCAGGAAGCACAUUAUUAAAUAAGAUACUGCUCACCAGCAUGAGCAGCAUGAUUCAAGCAUGUAGUCAGAUUGGAUUCGCAGCAUGAAAACAGCAUCUUGAAAUAUUUCAUGAGACCAUUCUCUCUUGCUUAUGUCUUUGUAUGUAUUGUCUCAUCAUACAUGUACAUAUUAUAAGUAACCAAUCACAAGUCCCCUAACAAAUGGUGUGUGGGCGUCUCCUACUAACUUAUAGUACAAGCAUGAUCAGUGGGGAAGGAUUGUGCCGAAUCGACUGUGAUAUUUUUCUGUGAUAAUUCAGAUUAUCAGUGUAUAUAUUGCCAUCGAGAGUUUGCAGUUGUGCUUAUUUAUUUUCUGUUUUUGUCAUAGAAGUCAUGUAUUAAAAAUCAUUUUCUUUUUCCCAAGACUAUAAUCAAGGUAGUCUAAUCUUUUUUAUGUAUAUAAAACUAUUAGGGCAGGAAUUAAGAACUGCCAGAAUUUUGUAAUGAUACCCAGCAGUAACCAUCAAUUUUAAGUCACAUAGAUUUUAUGAGGUAAAAAUAUUUAUUCACUUGAUAACUACUGCUUAAGGGUUAAAUAGAUAUCCUAUUUUCUGGAUUUCUGGAAAUAUCCCCCCUCCCCCUCCUGAAAUGUAAGAAUUUAACCAUAUAUAUUUUUAAAACGAAAUAUUCCCCUCAUCCCACCUAUUUUCCCCCUUUGACAUUUUUGUUUCGUCAGAUCCUAGAAGUAUACAUGCAUACUUAACUAUAGUAUGUUUAUAUUUAGUUUAUUUUUUUCAUUGGGAGAAGGAGGUAGGAAAGGGAAGAUGCUAAAAUGAUAAGACUUGUGAAUAAUUUAUCCAUCUAUACCUCAGUAUAACAAAAGUUUUAACUAAUACCAAGUAAGUUACGAAGUAUUCCAUGUUUGCCAAACUUUUGUACAUAGAGGAACAGUGCCUAAAUCUUAUAACAGCUAGCGAAUCUCUUUAACUGCCUUUGUUAUAUUCUCUAAGUACUAAAUUUCCAAUACCCAACAAAUACUAUGUGGACAGGGAAUUUCUUUGUAAAUAUUUAAUGUAAUCCAUUGUAGACAGCCAUUUUGUUUGAACUCUCCAAGAUUUGCUCACACCUUGUGUUCUCUCCCUUGUUUUGUCUGGCCUUUUGUUCAAGUUUUGUUUUAGUAGAUUUUUUUAGAAAUGUUACCUGCAUGUUUUUAUUAAUUUUUACAGAUUUUGUUAUUAUGCCCCCCUUCGAAGAAGGGAGGGCAUAUUGCUUUGCUGCUGUCUGUCGGUCUGUCGGUCGGUCUGUCGGUCCACUUAGUUUCCGUUCAUUUUCUUCACAACCCUUGCACAUACUGAAAUGAAAUUUGGUAUACAGAUAUAUCACAUGAAUAUCUAGGUCAAGUUUUGUUUUGGGUACAAUCACACCUUAUUUGACAGAGUUAUGCCCCUUGGACUUAGAAAAAAUUUCAAUUAUUUGCAGUUUCCGUUCAUUUUCUUCGCAACCGUUGCACACACUGAAAUGAAAUUUUGUAUACUGAUAUAUCACAUGGAUAUCUAAGUCAAGUUCUGUUUUGGGUACGAUAGCACCAUUUUUGACAGAGUUAUGCCCCUUGGACUUAGAAAAAUUUCAAUUAUUUGCAGUUUCCGUUCAUUUUCUUUGCAACAGUUGCACACAUUGACAUGAAAUU